AUGGAUCCCGCCGCCGCCCAACAAAUGAACCUCCUCACCCAACAAGCCCAACACCAACCGCCCCCAGACACAGCACCUCCACCCUACGACGGCCCAGACUCCGACUCGGACUCCGACGCAGGAGACGACGACGAGGAGGAUGACUCCACGCCACCCCCCUCAUCCCCACUCAAACUCACAAUCAACGCCGCCCACCAAAUCCAAGGCAACAACAACCUCGUUCCCACCUCCCCGUCCGCCCUCUCCGACGCGACGAAGUUCAGUGCCAUCUUGCUGCACACCGUCAACGCUCUCAACAAAGCCGCUGGCGUCGAGAAUGGUCGGCGAAGAAGGGCGUUGAAGUUGGAUCUGACGAUAAACUGCGGCGUCACGGUAGUGGGGCAUCGGAACGUGGUGGGGAGUGUUGGGCUGAAGCCUAAGCCUGCGAUGGCGGUGGCUGGUACUGGUAAUGCAGUUGCUGGGGCGAAGCGGAAGGCUGAGAAGGAUGACCAAGCGGUCGAGCGGGAGGCGAAGAGGGUUGAUGUUGGAGAUGAGUCGAAGUGA